GUCGUCUACGGUGGCUUCCGACUGGUUGAGAUGAGGUGGCGGCCAAUUGUAUAAAAAGUCAAGUCGACUUUGUCUCGUCGGCGUCGGUCCCACAAUCCAAUUAGCAAAUCGAAAAUUCGUCAAGUUUGUUCGCGGGGAACCUACACUCUUGCUCAUUUGGCGAAUUUUCUCCCACAUUUCCUCAUUUCCGAAUCAGUGACUCAUCUUCAUGUUCAUCUUCUUUGACGAUUUUUGAUUCGUUGAUCUCUAUUUUCUUUGACCGUCUGUUGUUUGUUUCCAAAUAACAGCAAAAUCAAAGCGUUCGAAUCAGAUCACCCCUUUUAGCUGUAGGUAUGGUCCUCCCGUUACUGAAGCUCGGAACGCUAGCGUUGAAAACUCUGAGCAAGCCACUCGGUAACAGGCUCAAGAAGCAAGCUGCGUUGCACCCCAGAUUUAGGCAGUUCAUCAUCAAUGUCGCCCAGAGUAACCAUCGGAUGUCAACUCAAAUGCAAAGACGCAUAUAUAGUCAUGCCACUGAUGUAGAAAUUCGCCCUCUGGACGAGGAGAAAGCAGUUCAAGCUGCCGUUGACCUGAUUGGCGAACUUUUUGUCUUCUCGGUAGCAGGAGCAAUAGUGAUAUUUGAGGUUCAGAGAAGUGCUAGAUCAGAAGCCAGAAAAGAAGAAGUACGCAGACAAGAAAUGGAGGCACUGAGGCAAAGAGACGAAAGUUUAUUAGCAGAAAUGGAACUUCUGAAGCAUAAACUUGUAGAAUUGGAAGAACAUGCCAGAGGACGAGGUCUUGGUGGUAUUUUGAACUUCAAACAUGCUCAUUCAGAAAGUGGGAAUUCAGCAAAGCCCGCUUGAUUAAGUUGCAAGUUUGUGCACCGAGGGCGGGAUAUGGAUAUGAUCUAAUCACCAUGCUUUUGAACAACCAAGGUGUAUUUUCCUAAUUCUAUUGACAUUGCACCAUUUUUAACCUUUUUGCUAUUGGUAUUAGUAUUUUACAUGUGUAAAUGAAUAAAAUUCUUUCUAUCACCCUGCAAAAUUGGGGUAUAAACUGUGGAAGUAUGGAGUUAAUGAAGAAUUUCAGGAUCUCUCUCUUUCUAUCUUCUGGUAGAACUAGAAGUGCUUCAAUAUUACUACUCUCCUUUGUUUA